UCCCCUUGCAGUGGGGGAAGGAAUCAAACUCCCAAGAUGGCGGCGGCGUCGGAGGAGCGGAUGGCUGAGGAAGGAGGCGGCGGCCACGGCGACGGCGGCCCCUCUUGUGCUGCGGGCUCUGCCCAGCGACAGCCCCUACCGCCCCCGUCCCAACCCCCGCAGCCGGGGUCCCAGGCGCCCCCAGCGUCGGCGCUGGCUCCAGACCAGCUGCCUCAAAACAACACGCUGGUGGCGCUGCCCAUCGUAGCCAUCGAGAACAUCCUCAGCUUUAUGUCCUACGACGAAAUUAGCCAGCUCCGCCUGGUUUGUAAAAGAAUGGACUUGGUCUGCCAGAGAAUGUUGAAUCAGGGAUUUCUGAAAGUGGAGAGGUAUCAUAAUCUAUGUCAGAAACAAGUUAAAGCACAACUUCCAAGGAGAGAAUCAGAAAGGAGAAAUCACUCAUUAGCUCGUCAUGCAGACAUCCUUGCUGCUGUUGAAACACGGCUGUCGCUGUUAAAUAUGACUUUCAUGAAGUAUGUGGAUUCCAAUCUCUGUUGCUUCAUCCCAGGAAAGGUGAUUGAUGAGAUUUACCGUGUGCUGAGAUAUGUCAAUUCUACCAGAGCCCCUCAACGAGCCCAUGAAGUACUACAAGAGUUAAGGGAUAUUUCCUCCAUGGCAAUGGAAUACUUUGAUGAAAAGAUUGUUCCAAUUCUAAAGAGGAAGUUGCCAGGAUCAGAUGUGUCUGGAAGACUCAUGGGCUCUCCUCCAGUUCCAGGACCAUCUGCAGCCCUAACAACAAUGCAGCUCUUCUCUAAGCAAAAUCCUUCCAGACAAGAGGUUACCAAACUCCAGCAGCAGGUUAAAACAAACGGCGCUGGUGUGACUGUUCUCAGGCGUGAAAUUUCUGAGCUUCGCACCAAAGUGCAAGAACAGCAGAAGCAGCUUCAAGACCAAGACCAGAAACUGCUAGAGCAGACCCAGAUCAUAGGUGAACAGAAUGCACGGCUGGCAGAGCUGGAGCGCAAACUACGAGAAGUAAUGGAAAGUGCAGUAGGAAACUCCUCGGGGUCCGGGCAGAAUGAGGAGUCUCCUCGGAAACGAAAAAAGGCAGCAGAAGCCAUAGACUCUCUUAGGAAAUCUAAACGUCUUCGGAAUAGAAAGUAAAUUGGAACAUGGUCCUAGUGCCAGAGGAACAUGGGGCUGAGUAGCUUAAGCAGUUAUGCAUAUCAGGACACAGUGAGCAACACGGUGUCCCUUAGGCUCCUGGGCCCUCAGAACACAACUUGAACUCUUAGGGUUGGGACACUCUUUUCCCGCUUCUCCUGGUUGAACUGAUGCACAGAAUCUUUUUACUUUGCAAUAGAUUUGUACUAACCAGACCUGUUCUAUCAUGUUUUGAGGAGUUAACUUUUUUUUCUGUGCAGAUAAUGUUUGAAGUAAGUUUAUUUGUUUCUGCAUAUAUGCACAUUACAUAAGGAUCUUAAACCCAGUCUUGACAGACAAGAAGUUAAUACAGAAAAUGUCCUGUUCACUUGAAAGAAAAACCUACUUUUUAAAUGGACACUAUCUUGUUUCAAAAAAAAAAAAAGUUGACUUUUUGUUAUAAGUGACCUUUGUCUGGAAUGUCUGAAAAGUAGUUCAUGCUUUUUGGUAUUGAAGUAAUGGGUAACUAAAAAGGACUUCCAUAGUAUUGACUGUAGAAGGAACCUCUACAGUAUUGACUAUAUAUUUUUAUAAACUACUGGCAAGGGACUUACCCAGUUAUUAUAUACAUGUUUUCAGUUCUCUUUCGGGGCCAUGUCCUACAUUUGCAUGGAUGGAUGCAUGCAUUGCCUACUCAACUCAUUUAAAAAGCUCUUGCACUGGUAUUGAUCUUGAACCUCUGUACUGCUCCACUUUUUAGAACAGUGUCUUAGUUUAUUUAAGGCUUAACAUCUUCCACUACAACAGCUUGCCUCUGGAGGGGAGCGGGGAUUCUUAGUCCAUUUGUCCUCCAUUUUUAUAAUAACAAGAGACUAUUAAAGCCCAUUGCUUUAUCUGUUGUCUGUAAGGUUCAGGUACACUGGCUAAUAAGGCAGAACCCCAGAUUCCAAGGCUCUUUCUGUCAGACCUCCAGGAGCUGGCACUGAAUCUCUCUCUCACUGUCUGCUCAUUGAUCAAAUGUGACUGAGUAAGGGACCCAGCCUGUGGGAUUCAGUUUUGCCAUUAAAGGAAAGUUCAUUGAAGAAAAUUGUACCAUAAAAAAGCCUUUUGAUCAUUUCAUUUAUGAGGGAUGACCUGAGGAAAGCUUUUAACAUUCAUUUCAAGCUUUCCUAUUCUAUAACUAAACAAAAGCUUUAAUUUUGUUUGCACUCCUGUUUUGAGCUUGUAACUGGAAAAGCAUGUCUUGCACUGUUCAACACUUCUGAGUGGUCACUUUAACAGCUUCCAAAUUGUGUAUAGUGGGUUUUUUCCCCCAGUUGUAUAUUUUUGAGACAUCCAGUUGUCACUGUCCUUGUUUUAUUUUAUGUACUAAGUUAUGUAGUUAUUUGUUCUUUUAAACAACUGUUGCCUUGGGCUUCAGUUAUUUACAGUAAAUCUAGGUGUAAUAUAAAAAACUAUCCCUUCCCAGGUGAGUUUGACACCUGUAUAAAACCUAAGGUUUUGGUAAGUACCUUAGUUUAGUUGAAUAAAAGCACAAGGUUACCACCUUUUUUAUCCGUCCAACAUGACAUGGUUAUGAAUCCUUUAAAUUAAUCUCAACAAAUGGAACUUUUUCCUAUCCAUUUUUAAUAUUGUCCUUUCAUAAUAUUGUCCUUAGAUUUUGAUCAAUUCUAUGUCUAACUUUGAAACUCCAUUUAACAAUGUAGUGUGUUUUCAAUGAGAAACCAUAAAGUAACAUCCAAAUGUUUCAUGGUUUGUUGGGAAGGUAAUUUUAAAAUAAACAGUUUCCGAAAAACAUUCGUCAGCCCAGGUCAUCCAUAAAAGUCCCCGUCUGGAACUUGUUUUCUCGGCAGGUCUCAUUUCUGUAAUCAUAGGAUUUAGCCAUAUUAUCAUAUCUUUGGAGGAAGGCCUACUGGAAUACUUAGGGCCUUUAAUAUUCUGCUUUUCUGGAAGAUUUUUUUUUUAAAUAUCAAAGUAUGUGUUUACAGGUCAACGAAGUAUGAUCCUUAUGCAUCAAAGGGAUAUUAGCCUUGAGUUAUUUCUUUAAUAGUUGUCCUUUAAACUACAUCUAGCUAGCCUAAAUGUAUGUAUAGUUCCAUUAGUUAACGUGAAUAUAGGAUAUGGCUUUCAUAAUGAGCAUUCACAUCCUGAUAAACAUUAAAAGGUAGAUGUUCUCUUCUAAAAUCCAGAUUUCUACAGCAUACAUUUGCAAUCUCCUGUCCGUAAGGUUAAGUUGUGCUUGUUAAUACAGAAAUAUUCCAUAACAGGAGAAAACACUACAGUUGCUUAAGUGUUAAGAUUACAUAGACUAUCUAGCUAACAUGUUAGGAUAUUGCCUUCACCGUUUAUUAGGACAGUUAUUUGAUAACUGUUAACACUUACUUUUGGAUAGUAUAGUGAUAUUUUAGAUUCAAAAAAUCAGAUUAUUUGGAUCGGCUAAAACUGACACAUAUUACUGGAAAAUUGUAAAUUAACAUCCUAAGAGAAUCAUCCUGCCUGGCAUUUUAUGUCAGAAACGUAAAUACUAUGUUGUUAAUAUUGUGUUGUCCUGGUAUAUCAUUUCAUGAAGUAUUCCCAUCAGCUUCCUUGGCUGUUUCUCAAUGGUUCGUUCCCACAUGUAAAUUCAUUAUGGUACCACACUAUCCACAUGGGUGAAAUGUGAAAGGUAUGUAAAAAAAUGAAAGAGGACUGACUGGUCCCACCCCUCCGGCCUUCCCUGCUUUUCUCCCACGGGGACUUGGCUCACUUGCUUUUUGAGGUAUUGUUUCUCAGACUCCUCUUGAUGUAAAGAGUCUGGAAAUAAGGGGACAAACAGAGAUGUACUCAGACUGUUGUAAAGACUCUUGGGGUGCCAUCAGGUCUAAAGCCACUGGUUUUGGAAGCAACUUCUUCGGUUUUGUUUUGGUUGGUUUUUGUUUUUUUGGUUUUUUGGUUUUUGUUUUUUUUUUUUUUUUUUUUUUUGGUAAAGCAUGUUUUCUGGAGUACUGAACUUUACAGGGGCUUGCCUUAAUCUCUAGUAGUUUCAAGAUAUAUGUGCUACUAUACAUGUUAAAAUGUUGAAAUAGUCUAUGUAGCCCCAAAGGUGGGUAAAACAGAGUAUAAGAAAUGCCUAAAUAAAUAAGCUAAAAGGUGUCACUACAGCUGGAUUUUGAGAGAAAAUGGACAUACAAAAAUAGGCUAUGUGUAAUAAAAAUAAUGGCACCUUAAGAUUGCACUAUUUUAUGCAUUAUUUUAUAUGCCAUUUCAUAGCCUGCACUUUAAUCUCCAAAGAAACAAUGUAUGAUGUCCCAGUUGUUCCUUGUUAUUAAUACUUUUUUCCUAAGACAGGGCACUUAAUUCUAUUUUACUAUACUGAAUUUGUUUCUUGGAGGUGGAUUCCUUUUUUGAGUUCUCUGUUUCCUUAGCCAUAAUAUUUUCUAGGAUCUGGGAACUCCCUAUCUUGUCUAUUUCCAACAGUAUAUAAUUUUAAUUUAAUGUAAAUGUAAUUUGGUGAUCAACACAUUCUAUCCUGCUCUAGCAAUGAGUACCCAUUUGUUAGACUUAUCCAACUCUUAAAAAAUAUACGCUGUGAGUAAUAUUUGAAGCCAGAAGUAAAAGGCACUGUGAAAGGAAGCGUCCUGUACUGUGUGACGCACCUGCUUGGGAAGAGUGGACUCUGAUAUGAAACCCAGUUUGAUAUGCUGUCCAAUACUUUGUCUUGGAAUCUGUCUGAAUUCCUUUAGUGCACAGAAGGUUAAGUGAGAACUACUUAAAUAUAAGCUUUUAUGGCCUACCAUCUGCUGUAAAAUCAUUUUUUUUUAAAUCUACAAAAUGAGAACUAAUGAUUAGUUGGCUGCUGCUUAACCAUGGUCUUUUAAUAGCAGUACACUUACUCAUGGUGAUAAUACAACAGGCUUAAGUAAUUUUGGCCCUUUGCAGCUUCCUAAGAAACUUGGUUCAAUUUCUGGAGUUCAGAGUAAGUCCAGGUUUGUCCUGUUGUGUUCUGAGAGAACCAUGUGGUUUAGCAGCAUGCUGGUAACCUACUAGGUCCACUGCCAUAGUAUACUGGUCCAUAUUCAGAGCUAUCCUGAAAGCUUAGAAGUGUUUAAAUUCCUUGAUGUGGUACCAUGUCUGUGCAACAAUAAAUUACUAGUUUACUUUCUGGAAUUAAAAUUGUUAUAACCUAAUCAAUGGUUGGAAAGUGAAAAGCACCUCCCGGUCACACAACAGGGUACAUAAAUAAAUGUGUUGUUACCAGUG